CCCAAGUUUGGAAUGUGCUGCUUGCAGGGACAAGUGCAGCUACCUCCAGUGUCUCAGCCACCAGGUGUAUUGCAAAGGCUUUUCAAGGGUACUGAUCCCUGCUCUCACUUAUUCCAGGAAAACAUUCGCCAGUACAAUUCUGCAUUUGCAUUCACGUCAGUGGCAGUAACUGUUGAUCAUGAUGUCCUCAAUGGCUCUGGGCCAUAUUCCUUCCGUAUACAUGGAGGACUUUAUCACCGGAUGGGCACCUUGCUUCCUAACAACAACAUACAACCAUUGUACGCUCAGCUUUACAUUCAUGAUCCCCAUGCCGCACUUCAAACAUGCAUGUUACAUAAUCCAAAUCUGGAUCCAGGGAUCAUGAAUGAGAUUCAAGAUCUUUUGCUCACACACAAUCCCUUUGUGCCUUUGUAUAAGCGAGCAUAUGAAAUCCUGGUAGAAAAGCCACCAGAGGAGCAGCUCAAUGUAUCUGCACAGCUCCAGCUACAGGAAAGCGAUGACCACUGGAGAUACAACUUGCCCACUGUUGAUGAAGUUGCUGCCAUUAUACCUGGAAGUGGAGAUGAGGAUGUGGAUGAACAUCGUGAUGUUAUUCUCAGGUUGCGGACUGGAGAGCUCAAGCAGAUUAGCCACAUACACCCCCUCUAUUCACCACUACACUAUGUUCUGCUGUUUCCACAA